CAUGUGUAGUCAGUCAGUCUUUGACAGUUCUCUCAGCAAGAUGAACCGUUGGACCGGGAAAGUAGCAGUAGUGACAGGCGCGAGUGGCGGUAUCGGUGCCGCAAUUUCGCGGGCUCUCGUGAAGAACGGCGUCAAGGUGGUCGGUCUCGCGAGAAGAGUAGACAAGCUCUCCGAACUUCACAAGGAGCUGGGCAAGGGGAAAUUUUAUCCGCUCGAAUGCGACGUUAGGAAGGAAGAAGACAUCCUUAAGGUGUUCCAAUGGGUCCAGAAGGAACUCGGUGGUGUUGACAUUCUGGUGAACAAUGCCGGGGUCAUCAGCGGCAUGCCUGUUAUCGACUCACCAACCGAAGAAAUCCUCAAGGUCAUUGAGACGAACCUAAUAGCUCCUACACUUUGUGCACGAGAAGCUAUCCAAUCGAUGAAAAAGCGCAAGGCACCCGGUCACGUAAUCAACAUCAACAGCGUAGCCGGAUCAUACGCAGAGACUUUACCAGUUCCAUUGGGCAUGUACUGCCCCAGUAAAUACGGUCUGAGAGCUUUGGGCACGGAACUUCGUCAUGAAAUCGUCCUCGGCAAGUUGAACGUCAAGAUCACGAACAUUAGCCCUGGUGCUGUGUCGACAGACAUGUUCAAUAGUCUGGCUCCGGCGGCAGGAUUCGCAAAUGCACCGGUGUUGAAAGACAAGGAUAUCGCCGAGGCCGCUCUCUAUGCCCUGGGAACACCCGAA